AUGGAAUAUUCAGAAGAUACGGAACACCUUCAAUAUAAUUACAAUAAUAUUCAGAAACUUUUAAAGGCUGAAUUGGAAAAAUCACCCGAACGCUUUUCAAAGCCAAUUUCUGUCUUACCUGAUAUUGAUGACAAUGUCGAAUGUCAAUUGGAACAAGAGCUACUAAACGAAAGCAAAUGUAAUAUUGGAAAUCGCAUUAUUCUAAUUCCAUAUCGUUUGGAAAACUCCCACUGGAUUGGUAUUUUAAUUGAACUACAAGCGGCCAAACAAAUUCAACGAGCUGAAUAUAUUGAUCCAGUCAAUAGGUCUAGUUUCAUUCCGGACAGAUUACAAAAACAAUUAGCCAAAGUUUACCCAUUUGCUGUUCUGCAGACAAAGAAUCUGUUAAAGCACGAUGAUCGAACACAUAGUGCAAAAUUAACCAUUAAAAAUUUAUUAGCUGCAGUCGAAAGCUAUCAACGUCCAGAGAUGCGUCAACCAUACGUGAAUAUUUCAGACGGAAAUGAAACAAGUACAUAUUCAGCUGAGUCAAAAUCACUUGAUGGACAGCAGAGCAAAAAUACGAUUUCAAAGGAAAGUAAUGACUAUAGACUUGCUGAUCUAGGACAACAAUUAAAGAACGGACUCGAAAAACUAAAAAUUCCAGACGUAAGUUUAAUAUCACAAAAAAUACAGGAAAUAGAAGUACGAAUCAAAGAAUAUGAUGACGAGGGAAGAAUAGAUGAUAUUGAGAAAGAAGAAAAGUACUUACGGGAACUUCAGGAGUUACAAAAAAUUUCGGAAUUAAUUUAUCCUGAAUCUAUCUCGAGUAUUCCCCAUAAGGAUAACGAGUCAAAUGUGAAUAGAGCUGUCAAACAAGGUCUUGCAAGUUCAAGUAACAUAAUUGCACUGGAGAAAAAUAAAAGACUGUUACAUCUGAACGAACUGCGUGAGGAUUUUGCUGCUAUGCCACCUUGUGCUGAAAAAACCAUAUUGGAACUUUUAGAACAUUUUCAACAGAAAUUAUUAGAAGAUUAUCCGUACUCACAACAACAAAAUUCAGUAAUUGAGAUGUUAGGUAAAUUGAAUGAUCAGAUUAAAAAGCAAGAUUUACUUUCAAAAGAGAUUCAAACUAGUCUUCAAAAUUUAACAAUAGCCGUAAACAGCCGUAAUGAUUCAAGUUCGGUGAAUAUUUUACAUCAACUUCAAAAAGAAAUCAGACCAUUGAAUGUACAAGAGAUAAAAAGACUCGUUUCUAAAGCGAAAACUGCUGCUGAAUUAAUCCGUGAUAAAGAUAUUCUUUUGUUAGUGGGCGAAACUGGCAGUGGAAAAUCUACUACGAUUCAAUUUCUUGCAGGUUCUGAGAUGAAAGAGGUGCAGGUCGAAAUUGAACCCGGGAAAUUUUUAGAUCAUAUUACACCAAUUGGACCUGUCAAGAAUCCAGAAUUGAAUAAUGUGACUAGUAGUCCAUUUCACAAAUCAGAAACACGCUAUAUUACACCAGUUACGAUACCAUUGAAGGAUAUUCUUGGUAGUCAUGAAACCGAUAUUAUUACUUUAUGUGAUGCACCUGGUUUUAGUGAUACAGCAGGUGUAGAGGUAGAUAUUGCUAAUAGUGUAGGAGUUAUCGAAGCAUUGAAAGGGACUAAGAGUGUCAAGAUACUUGCUUUGUCAAGCUAUCAAAGUUUAGGUGAUAGAGGUGAAGGAAUUCAGAGACUAGCGCAUAUAUUAAUAAAUAUGAUGCAUAAAAUAGACGACCGACUUGACGCUAUUAUUUACGCAUUUACAAAAUAUCCUGAGAAAAAAAAUAUUAAUGCUGUAUUAACGGAUAUUAAAAAUCAGAAAGUAAAUAAAGAUCGGUUUUUGCGAUUUGAUACUGCGUUUGUGACCGUAUUGUCAGAUAUGAUCGAUAAAACUGAAGGAGAUACUUACAAAAUCGAUCCUAUUCAUGGUGAUCGGAAAAGAUUAAUUAAAAAAUUAAAACGUACAAAAGGUAUUCAGCAUCCGGAAGAAGUUUUUCAAUUUUCUAUUGGUAGAGAAACACGAACUAGCAUUAGUAAUCAUGUUGAAAAAGAUAAGUCUAGCAUAAUUUGUGCAAUGAAAUACAAAAACAACGAACUUGUGAUUUACUACCUAAAUGAUUUGAAAACCUUACACAAUUUAACAAAGCAAAAUUUUGUUCAAGUGGCUUAUGAAAGUUCAAUACGUUGGAUAAGUGAAUACAUUAAUAAAUAUUGUAUGGAAAUAAUGAGAAAAUUUAAUCGUGUUUUAGGUAGUCGAGAUCGAUUAAGAGAAGACGAUAUUCAUGAGUAUAAAGCUGCUGUUGAAUAUCUUCAAAUUAUUCAAAUCUUAAAAGAACAUUUAGGAUCAUUUCUAUUAUCACCUGAAACAUUGAUGCAAAACAUCAUUUCCAAAUUGAAUGAAAGACGUUGGGCUCUGAAUAAAGAAGAUCUGUAUAAUCCUUUAGUUGGAGUACAUUUGAAUAAUAUUCGCAUGCUUAAAAACUCGUUUAAAGAACUUGAAAUAUACUACCAUAGAAGUUGUAAAGAGUUCGAUAAGCGUUUUUAUUUAUUAGUACAAUCUGCUCGCGAACUCAUUCUAACGAAUAAUUUCAAAGAAAUCGCUGAAAUUAUUCUUCGUAUAUAUAAAUCUUCGCGUGUCCUGAAAGAUCAUUUAGAUGAGAAAGUUGAAGAGACAUAUUGCAACAUCGUCAAAUCGCUCUUACAACACCUAAGUAGUUUCUCAGAGAGAUCAGAUCCACUUUUACAAAAGACUCGAUUAACUAAUGAUGAUAUUGAAAUUCUUAAAAGUUAUAUAGAAAUACUGAGAUCAGCUAAAGAAUGUUCUCCGCUUCAGGAUCGUAUUUUGACAUAUAUUGAUAUGUUGAAAGGAAGAAUUGCUGUCUCAAAUCAGUAUAAUACAAAUUGGACUUCUGAAGAAAUCUUCACAGAUCUGACUGAAAUUUAUAAUAAUUUUAUUAUGAAAAUUGUGAACUAUUUCAAUGAGAUAAACGGCAGAAUUGAAGAACUUUUUAAAACAAGUAAAGAUCAUGCUUUAGAAGAUAUACAGAACUUCAUCGAUGAUAUGGAUGCGAUUCGUAAAAUUCCAGGAGUAGAAUAUAAGACUGCUGGGACAUAUAAUAGUACCGUUAAAAACAUAGAGAUUUAUAUGCAUAGAUUGCAAAUAGAGGCGGAGCAAUUGCUAUUUGCUAUAGAUAAUCAAGCUGUAACGAUUAGCUAUAAAUCUCUUGCGCAAUCAUUAUUACGUCUGAAAAAUGCAGAAUGGAUCAAUCGUGUUAGUCCAGGAACGUGUGAUACUUUAAUGCGACGCAUUAAAGAAAAGUUAGUGCAACAUGCUUGUCAAUUGGAAGAUCGCUUGAUGAAUAUAGAUUAUAGUUUGAAAUGUCCAGAUAAUGUUUCUAUUGUGCAAGAAAUUGUUAAAAAAAUUGAAUCUAUGCGUGAUUUAGAGAGUAGUGUUCCAGAACUUGAAAAGCACAGACAAAGUGUACUCCAACGAUUUUUACAAUGUACACAGACAGCCUUUGAUUGUAUACAAACGACUUUUAAUUUACAAGAUAAAGAUGUUUAUCUAAUAAAACAAGAGUUGAAAAAUCUCGAAGAAACUAAAAAUGAAUGUAAUGAUUUACAUCCAGCUCGUAUAUUUUUACGGAAACACCAUUAUUCAGAUAUUAUUAUACUGAAUGGCGAGAUUGAAGAGUUAAAAACUAGGCAAAAGGAUGCACGUCAAGUAGCAGAAACUGAACAACGUGACAUGAAGCAUACCUUAGAGAAUUUAAAUUCAAUUGUUCGAGAAUAUAUGAAUUUAUAUCCUUCAGAGACGGAUCAAGGUGUAGCUGAAGAACUAUCGGGCAUGCUAGGAGAUGCAUUGCACGGUAAAAGUACACAGGCAGAGAGUUAUUUAAAGACGGUAGGAUACUCAAGUAUCGAUGUUGUGCGGGAGAAGAUUGCAGAAACUGAAAAAAGUUAUUGUAACAAAUUACAAUGGAGUACGAAGCAAAAUGAAGAAUUAAGUAUUUCUUUAAGUCAUCUUGAAUUAAUAAAAGAAGAGCACGACUCAUUAUUAGCUACACGUAAUUUAGUAUCUUCUGAAGAAAUAAGUUUCCUUCGAGAAAAAGGAUUCAAUAGCUAUGAAUUACUUGACGAAAAUAUACAAGAGAAGACGAGGAUUAUUGGUGAACGUGGACAAAAUAAACAAUCAUUCCAUUUUAGCGACAGAAUAGACACGUCUACAGCAAAUAACGCGUUGGUGUAUUUAAGUCAAUGCGAAAAAGUAGGCCAUCAUUGUGUAAAAGAAAAUGCAGCUGAUACCCAUGAAAUUUUGAAAAAUUAUUUAAGUGAAUACGGUAAUUUUCUUAAUCAAGAAAUAACUAAAACAUUUAAUUAUAUAAUUAGUAUUGACGCUGAAGGAGGUCGUUUUCAACAUUCUCAAGAUUUAGAAAUGCGUUUGCAAGAGCUAUCAUCUCUUAAUAGAUUUCCGCAUGUUUUUGAAUGUAUUGAUGGAUUUGCGAAAGUAGAACAUUGGCGUCGAGAAUUUCUUAAAUAUCAUCGUGAUCUGGAUGAUAAAAUGAAAGCAUGUGAAGAUGAUAAAAGAUAUAGAGAUAGUAGCGGCACCACAGAUAGACUUGAGGAAGCUCAGCGCUCCCUUGCGCUUUAUGAGCCCCCACGAAAACUUUUUAAAGCUGCGGUAGAGAACCAACAAUCAUCCAUAAUUGAAAAUUUGGGAGAGCUGAGCCCCCUCGAACCAAAACUCCUGCCACUGCCUCUAUAUAGAGAAUUAAAUGAUUAUCUAACUAUUGUGCAUGCAUUAAGCUGUGUUGAUCGUUUCUGUAUAUCUGUGUUUGCUGGUAAUGGAUUUGGAACUUUAUAUAGACAAUAUCAAGGAAAGAGAUAUAAUGAAUGUAGAAUAGCGUAUAGAACUAUUUUAGAGUACAUGUCAAAAGGAGAUUAUGCCAAUGCAGAUAUAGAAUUAUCUGAUAUUGAUGAUAAUCCGUUAAGUCCAAGAGAUAAAGCUCAAAUUGAGCAUGAUCUACAAAGUUCUCUAAUUAAGUUGAUAAACAAUACUAAAAGUAUUGCUAAUUGUCUCGAUGGAAAAAUUGAACGAGAAGAAGAUAAUCGAUCCCAAAUAAAAGAAAUAAUAGAAAAUAUUGAUAAAAUUCGAAUUGCUUUAAAUAAACACCGUAUAAUGAAUCUACUUGAUGGUGGAACUCGAGAUGAUCUUCAAAAUUUUGGUAAAGAAAUAAAUGAAAUUUUAUCUAGAAUAAUUUUAAGAGGACUUAGAUCUAUUGAAACAUUUAUUGAUACUGAUAGUUUUCCUGAAGCUGAACAAGGAAUGGAAAAUCUUAGUCGAGUACAACGUGAAUUAGCAGGUUAUUGUAUAUCACAAAGUGUUAAUGAAAAAUUUCAAGAACUAAGAGAAAGAAUAAAUCUUUUAGUUAGUGAAAUUUUGAAAAAAAAUGACUUUACAGAUGUCAACAAUUAUUCUCUCAAUCCACCUAAAGAUCUAUUAGCUAAAUUAAAAAUGGCUGCAUCACAUGGUAGUGCUAGAUUUAUUCAACCUUAUCGUUCAAUAUUAGGAAAAGUUAAACAAAGUUUUAGUUUAGCUAUAAAUGAAGUACGUAAUGCACCAUUGCAUGAACGUUGUGUAAAAAUAAGUUCAUUAAAUUAUGCAUUAUGUUUUUUACCGGAAGAUUUGCAAACUUAUUUCAAUUUACAAAUCGGUGAAUUGAGCAAGUUAAUUACUGAAGAGGAAAAAGCACAUAAACAACAGCUCGAAACAUUGCUGGCAAAUAUGGAUGACAAUGAACAUUCUAUCAUAAAACUAGGGUCAGUAGCUGGAUGGUAUAAAAAACAAAACUUGAAUGAUCUUUUUAAUAAAUUACAUGAACAAAGUUUAAAGAAGCUAUACAUUUAUCGAACGAACGUGCAGACUUGUUUAGAUAAGCAAGAUAUACAAUCCGCUGUUUCUAUUGUCAAGAUAAUAUUGAAAUAUGAAAAAUCUCUCGGUAUCUAUAUUCCAGAAGUAACAGAAAUAUACAAUAGCGUUCAUAUUCUAAUAGUAAAAGGAUUUUCAUAUUGUUGUGAAACUCUUGCUAAUAUAUCUCCGGCUGAACAAACACAAUUAAUCGAAAAAGCAUUUAGUGAUAUUCUUGCUUAUCUAAAAUUUUCUGAUACAUUCAAUAAAAGAGACGAGGAAUUCUUUUCAGAAAAUGAAUUACGAGAUGUAGAAUAUGCAUUCCAGAGCAUGUCACAAUAUUUAUACGAAAAUUUUAGAAAAUUUCAGACUGCUCUAGACGACGUGAAUGUCAAUGAAUUAUAUAAAGUUAUGUUAAUAUCGAAGAAAUGGGAUAAGCUUUUACAAAACAUUAGACAAUGUCAAUUGAAACAUAAUUUAGUAAAAAAUUUAUUAGAAGAAAUUAAAAGAAUUAUUUCGCAUACAGAUAUGAUUUGUGAACUUGAGAAAAUGGUGAUUCAACUAAAGAAUCAAUUAAAUGUCGAACUCGUUAGUGAUGAAACAACAAAAUUUGAAAUUAAACGCGAAGAAUUUUUUAGUAAAUUAAUGAGAACAAUCGAAAUAUUAAGAGAGAUUAAUCUGAAAUUUAAAGAUAUUUUAUCAUCAACAAUAUAUGCAGAUAAAAUAGAAGAUCUUGGAAAGAAAAUCGAAAGAAUUAGUGAACAAUUACUUGCUAAAGCAUCAAGAAAGGAACUUUCUUCUAAAGAUGCUGAUGAUUUUCGUACGUAUUAUAAUCAUCUUUUAUCAUUUGAAAAAUAUGUGCGUAUUCCAGAAAUAAAAAGUAUUCGAUUAGUUUUAGAUCAAUCAGAAGAAAAAAUUCUUGAAAAAGUAAGAAAUUUACGUAAAGAAAUUAUCGAGUCUUGUUCAGAUGCUGUAAAAGUUUGUAAAAUGUUAAUUAAGAUGAAAUUUUUUGCUGAAAAUCUAUCAAUGUUUGAUGUAAAUAUUAAUACAGCAAUUGAUAAAACGCUUAAAGUUUAUAAAGAAGAAAAAGGUAAUCUAGGUAUGACAAGUUUAACUGUAGAAUUAGAAAAAUCAGACAUAGGUAGUCGAAUAAUUAGCGAACAUUCGUGUUUUAGUGGAGAAGAUUGUCGAAUACGACGAGAAAAAAUGCAAAAACAGGAUAAUCUGGAAUAUGUACUAAAUGAAUUAACUGGAGACGAUAUUUCGAAGAAAAUUUUGAGAUCACGCUACGAAACUUUUAAAGAAAAAUAUGAUAACUUAGUGUCUAAUAAUCUAAAUUUUUUCAAUCAGAACAUUAAUAAAGAACCAGAUGUCGAGGUGUUAGUUGCAGAAAUCAAACAUCUUGUUGGAACAAUAACUCCUACGUCCAAGUCUGUUACUUGGCACCGUUCCUUUAGAGAUGAAAUUCCUGAUCUUUUAGCGCAUAUUUUCGCUGUUUGGACUUUACAAAAUACCAAACAUUAUAAUUCGAUGCGUGGUAUCGAAGCAGCACAGUCUUAUCUAUUGAUGCCACAUGUUGGUCAGGUUAUUGCUAUUUUUCGUCUGCUUGGCAUCGGCUACGAGAAUUACAAGAAAAUCAGAGGACAUCAGGUACCUUUCACCAGAAAAAUUUCCGAUGAUUUAAUUAAUAAUUUAGUGCAAGUAGGUACAGGUGAAGGUAAAUCAGUUGUGAUGGCAAUUACUGCUUGUGUUUUUGCUCUUACCGGAGUAGAUGUAAACUGCUCAUGCUAUAGUGAAGUCUUAAGUGCACGAGAUAAGAACGAUUUUGCUUCAGUUUUCCGAGCACUUGGAAUAGAAGAACGUAUUGAAUAUGGUACUUUUAAUAGAUUAUGCGAACAAUUAUUGAAUGAACAAUGUAAUGUCAGAGAAAAAGUGCGUAAUAUGAUUGCGACCAAUCAAAGUACGCUUAUUGCAGCUGAUACAUCAGUACGUAUACGUCCAAAAGUAUUGCUGAUUGAUGAAGUAGAUGUUUUUCUAAGCGAUAAAUAUUAUGGUGGAAUGUAUAUACCAUCUGUAUAUUUAAAAGAUCCUUCCAUAAAAGAAUUAUUAGAUUCCAUUUGGCAAAAUAAGAGUUUAAAAACAUUAAAUAGUGUAAAAGCUCUGCCAGCGUAUAGAACUUGUGCAAAUAAAUAUAGUAAUUGGAUUUUUCUUUUCGAUGAAGCCAUAAAAGAUAUGUUAGCUGCUUUAAAAUCGUUUCAAUCAUCAACAUAUAUCGUUCAGAGUGAUAAGAUUGUUUAUGUCGAAGGUGAAUCUAUAGUAGAUAAUGUCGUUCGUGGUUAUGACACAAUUUGGGCAUACUAUCAUGAAGAAGAAAGAGGUAAUAUUAGUCAGAGUAGUCUAAAUGAUAGUGUAGGCAUUAUUUUAAAUUGUGGAACAUUUUCUUACGCUGAAAUGCCUCAUGAUUUUGAGUAUAUUGCUGGUGUUACCGGUACUUUGAAAACACUUGCAAAAGCAGAAAAAGAUAUAUUAGAAAAAGUGUACAAAGUUCACAAAAUGACGUAUAUGCCAUCCGUAUUUGGAAGUAGUAAUCGUACUUAUAAUCCGGGAACUGAUGUGCGCGCAGUAAAGGAUAGUGAAUAUUUUAUGGAAAUUCGUGGAGAAAUUGAUGCGGUAUGUCAUGCAAGUCGUGCGAUUCUUGUGUUUUUCGAAUCUGAAGAAAAACUAAUAACAUUUUAUAAUUCCUCUGAAUUGUCUUCUAUCAAACACGAUGUACAAAUUAUAACAGAAACAGUUUCUGUAAAAGAAAGAGAGCUAUGCAUUAAACGAGCAGCAACAGUUGGUAAAGUUACACUAUUAACUCGAACAUUUGGACGAGGAACUGAUUUUAUAUGUCGUAAUCAACAACUCCUGUUGAAUGGUGGUAUUCAUGUACUCCAGACAUUUUUUUCAGAAGAAUUAUCUGAAGAAUAUCAAAUUAUGGGGCGAGGAGCACGACAAGGAGAUCGCGGUUCAUACAGAAUGAUUUUAUCAGAUAAAGAUUUAGAAUGGGUUCUAGGAGCUUCUUGGGAAGAGGAACUUCCGAAAAUAGUCGGUACUACACUUUAUCAAACUUUAAACGAAGCUCGUAAUCUCCAUUAUGAAAGUAAGUGUGGUUCAAAAGGAGUUGGUAUAGCGCAAUGCAAACGGGAACACAAAGAUUCUAAAGAUUUUAUGGCAGCAUUAAGUUCAGGAAAUAUUGUAGCAGUAAAAGAGUUUUUAAAGAAACAAAAUCAGGGAGCAAAUUUAAUUGCAGCUUCUUCACGUACAGUUUUGCUUAUGGAUGCCACAGGUUCUAUGACAAAUUUACUAUCUGCUGCCAAAGAAACCGUCUGCACGAUGUUUGAACGCGCUUCAGACAUUUUAACAUUAAAGGGAUUGUCUUGUAAUGUAUUUCAGAUGCAAUUUGCUGUGUAUCGAAACUAUAGCUCUGAUGUUAAUAAGAUUUUGGAAGUUUCUUCCUGGGAGACAAAAGCUAGGAAUUUGCGGGCAUUUAUGUCCACCAUCGACCCUGAAGGUGGGAUGGGAGAGGAAGCAAUUGAAAUAGGACUCUGGCAUGCAACUAAAGAGAGUGAAACGGAAGGUGGGAUUUCUCAAGUUAUUUUGAUAGGAGAUGCUCCAGCGAAUACUCAAUCUGAUGUAACUGAGAAGCGAACCAAGUUAGGUGAAGCCUAUUGGGAGCAGACUAGGUUUGCUGUCCCAACAUAUUAUGAAGAUGAAUUACAGAAGUUGAUAAAUAAAAAUAUUCCUGUUCAUUCGUUUUAUCUUACUGAUUACGCAAAGGAUAAUUUUCAAAAAAUUGCAAUAUCAACAAAUGGACGAUGUGAAUUUCUAAAUAUUAAAUCACCUCAAGGUGCUAGAUCACUAACCGACUUUGUAACUGAAGAAGUUCUCAGAAAAGCAGGUGGCGACCAAGGAGAUUCUAUAGUUGAGCUAUAUAGAGCAAAGUAUGUGAAAAGUUUUACAUCCUAA